AGAACAGACAGGAAAGAGACAGCCCCACACGAUGAGUGCAUAGUUUGCCGUUCAAUAUGCCUUCAACAACACAACACAACCAACACGCAAACAGGCGACUGCUCUUCCUUCACGAUCGUAUUUCUACCGAACCGUUUCUUUUUUCAUGAAGUUGUAGAACAAACGGAAUGUGACAACAUCGACUUCAUAUGCUUGUUGACUCGUGAAAAGGCAAAAAUACAGACCAGUUAACUAUUUGAGCAAACCCAUAAUUGUGCUUGCUGCAAUGUCAGUGUCCGUGUCCAGUCUUCCAGUGGUGAAGGACAAGAGUAUUCAUCCCAGCCCGCUUAAAUCUAGCCCUAAUCACGGGACGGCUUAUUACCAUGCCCAUAUGACUGGCACUCAUUACAUGGAUCUCUUCGCGGGGACCCACAACCUCCCCCAUCCGCUGAAGUCUCUCGGCCGUCUGGUCACAGACACCCAAACGGUCAUGCCUUUCAACUUCGGAGGCGGAACACCUCCUUUCAUUGGCCAUGGUGGACAUCAAGCCACUGUGCUCCACGAACAAAUCUUCAAUGUGUCCAGUAUUCCGUACAGGAUGCUGCCCGGACAUACUAUUUACUCCAGGCACGAUGAGCAGGCUGCCGUGGCGACUGAACAUGCUACCGGGCCACUAUCGGACUUCAGCAGUCCCUCGAGUGAGAGGUCUUCCGCUCCCUCGGCCACGCCGCCCAAGGAAAGUUUAUUCCGCCUUCGGGAUACUAACUCGUCACCGGAGAAAAUACGCACUUACUGUUUUAGCGAGGACGAUCUAUUCACAGUUCUCUAUGGUUACUCCAGGAGCCAGGAGCACCACGCGAUCUCAGGUGUUGCACUGCCAGGAAAGUCAGUUUCUGAGAGCCAGUUUCUCUCAUUGGAUACUGAUGUGCUGGAACUUCCUGAAGGGUUGACCAUCCUCCAGACCACUUGUGGAAAUGCAUCCCAUUAUGGGGUGUUCUCAAACAAAGGCUCCAUUCCUAAAGGGACUCGCUAUGGGCCCUUCCAAGGCAAACUGGUCAAUACGAGCGAGAUCAAAACACACGAUGACAACACGCUGAUGUGGGAGGUGUUUGAGAAUGGCCGUUUGAGUCACUUUGUGGACGGCCGGGGCAGCUCUGGGAACUGGAUGUCCCUAGUGAAGUGUGCACGUUUCCCAGAAGAACAGAAUCUGAUUGCCAUUCAGAGCCAACGUCAGAUCUUCUAUGAGACCUGCAAGGACGUCCAGCCGAGUCAGGAACUGCUGGUCUGGUACGGGGACUGUUAUGUCCAAUUCCUGGGUAUCCCCCUCACCCUGAAGAACUCGCUUGAGGAGAACAACUCGAUGCUCCCAGCUGAAGAUCUUGGAGAAGGUUUCAAGUGUGAUCGAUGUGGGAAAGUCUUCGCGUACAAAUAUUACAGAGACAAGCAUCUGAAGUAUACACGAUGCGUGGAUCAGGGCGACCGGAAGUUUCCUUGUCAUCUCUGCAACAGGUCUUUUGAGAAGAGAGACCGAUUACGCAUUCACAUUUUACACGUUCACGAGAAACACAGGCCACACAAGUGUUCGGUGUGCGGAAAGAGUUUCUCUCAGUCGUCCAGUCUGAAUAAACACAUGCGCGUGCACUCCGGAGAGCGGCCGUACAAGUGUGUCUACUGUAAUAAGGCCUUCACAGCUUCCAGUAUUCUGCGCACGCAUAUUCGCCAGCACUCUGGAGAGCGGCCUUUCAAGUGCAAGCACUGCGGAAAGGCCUUCGCAUCGCACGCCGCGCAUGACAGCCACGUCAGGCGUACCCACACCAAGGACAAGCCGUCUCCAUGUGACGUUUGUGGAAGCACCUUUCCAGAUGUAGAAGAACUCAAGCACCACAUGAAGAAUCAUACAAAAAGACCGUUUUUGGAAACCGCGGCUCUUCCAUCUCUAUCCACAAACGAAUCUAUCGAGGGUGCAGGGAUGUUUUCGGUUGGCAAGCCCAGCAGGACUCAGAGACUCCAGAGUGAAAACUUUCCCUUCAGCGGACUGACUGUACUCAAUCCAGAAUAUCGGCCUUGGAAAUAACACGCCCUGAAAAUACUUCCUUUAAGGAAAACGCCGCUAUGAGCAAACUUACAAACAAAAAAAUCGUUUUAUGAUAUCAAUAUAGCCUAACAAUUGCAUUUAUUUAAUACAACAACCGCUGUUUUUUGUGUGUCAAUGACGUGUCUUUCGUUUGUUUAAUAUGUUUAUUUAUUUAAGGAAAAUUCAAUUGAUUGCCAAAAUUGGUUUGUGGCUAAGAGCUACAGUUCAUGAUAUCCUAUUUGCUGUCUUCGUUGUUUCCGUUAUCGAAAUUACGCUUCAGAAUCAGCACAACUGCUAUUUUUGCCAUUCGUGCUAUUCGUUUUUAUUGUUUUAAUUUAUAACAAGAAAACGUGUGAUUUCAUAGUAAUCGUGACUGCUACAUAAAAUGUGUAUACUACCUCUAGUCUAUAAUAAAUGUUUUUUGGUACAUUUCCCGUUGGUUUCAAAAGCAGUCGAUAUGUGUGUGUAUCUGUUUGUUUAAAAGCCUAUGCUUUCUAAUUAAAAAAUAAAAACUCAGAGCAUGA